CCUCUCUCCCUCACAUUACAAACGGUGAGUGUAAUUUCUGACUGUAACCACUUUUUGGUUUUUUUAGGUCACUGCUCCGACGAAGAGCCUCAGAAAAGACAACAAAUUUUUGAAGAACAUAACAGUAACGAUUCGGUUUUUUAUUUUUGUAGCGAGUUUCUAAUUGUAGCUAUUAGAAAAGAUGGGAAAGACUCCAAGUCCUGGUAAAUGGAUCAAGUCUCUUCUUGGGAAGAAGUCAUCCAAAUCGAGUUUGGAGAAAGGAGGCGAAAAAUUGAGAUCUGCAAAGAAGGAAGAGGUUGUAGUCAGGGUGAAGGAUAGUAAUGUCUCAAAGCUACCUACCGAACCCCCUGUAAUUACAUCAGAAGAAGUUGCAGCUACUCAAACUGUAGUAGUUCCUGAUGUUGUAGUCCCUGAGAAGCAGCCAAGUGGAGAUAUUGAAGGCGAGGAGGCAUCGAAUGUGAAUCUUGAGUCAGGGAAUGACUCUGAAGAAGUCAAGCUUGAAGAAGCUGCUACAAAGGUUCAAGCUGCUGUCAGAGCUCAUCAGGCCCGUGAAGAGUAUCAGAACCUCAAAAGUAUCAUAAGGGUGCAAGCAGUUAUUCGUGGUCACUUAGUCAGAAGACAAGCUGUUGCUACCUACUCGUGCAUUUGGGGAAUUGUGAAGUUACAAGCGCUUGUUCGCGGGAAGAAAGCUAGAUCCUCAGAAACCGGGGCUGAACUUCAGAAAACAAAUACGGAAAUCGAGGAUUCUGAAACUUUGCAAGGAACCACAUACAGUUGGAUGGAGAUUCCCACAAAGCUUUCCAUGAUUGAUAAGAUUUUGGUUUCAUCACCAACGACAUUGCCUCUGAAGAUGCAGUUUAGUCCUGAGAAUCCUAACUCAGCCAAGGUGUGGCUUGAACGCUGGACACAGUUGCAGGUUUGGGCUCCUGGUCCACUGGUGGUUAAAAAUCUGAUACCAAAAUCUCAGACAAAGAAGCGAAGUUUUCAAGCAGUUGAAACGGAAAAGGGAAAACUUAAGAGAGGUGUGAAGAAACCAGUCGGUGCUUUAAUUACUGGAAAUAGCUCCGGUAACCGUUCUACAACUGAAAACGAAAAGCCUAAACGAACUGUGAGGAAGGCUUCCACACUUGGUAAAGAACUUUCGAGAACUGAGAAUGACAAGUCUAAGCAGAGUUCAAGAAAGAGUACUAGCACCAUAAAAGAACGGUCCUCAGUGGAGGCUAAAGAGGAGAAGCCUAGAAUUAGUCUAAAAAAGGCUUCGCUUUCUAAUGGGAUAGAGAAAGCUACCCGGAAAUCUGCUGAGAAGAAGAAAGAGAUUGCUGAUUCAGUGCAGAAAGAAUUGUCUGUCGAUGAGGUUUCAGCUGCUGUAGUAGAUGCUCCUGAAGAUGAAAAGAUGAACCUUAUCCCUGAAACAGUUUCGAAAGAGUCUAAUCUUGAUAAAGAUGAGCAAUCACCGGUUCUGGAUAACAUGGAGCAAGAGGAUCUCAAGACUGCCGAGAGAGAUGAUAAAGCUGAAGAGGAAAUCCAAGAGCCAGACGGGCAGAUUAGCUCUGAGAAUGGAAAUGUUGCUUCUGAGAACACAAAGCCUAACGAUAGACGAGCUUCGUUGCCUGCAAAGAUUGAGAAUCAUCAUCAAGACGAUGGGCUUACACAAAGUGGGCGAAAAAUUCCGAGCUAUAUGGCUCCAACUGCAUCUGCAAAGGCAAGAAUAAGAGGACAAGGUUCUCCAAGGAUUACUCAAGAGAAGCCUGAGAAAAACGUGACAACAAGGCGCCACUCUCUUCCUCCUGCAGCCAAUGGUAAGCUGAGUACAAUGUCUCCAAGAGCUCACAGACUGCUCAUAGCUUCAGCUAAAGGAUCGAUGAACAGUGACAGGUCGUUUUCGUCCUCCAAGGACAUUGGUGACAAGUCAACGAAAGCUGAGUGGAAACGGUGAAAGAUCUGAAACUUUUUUUAGACAGAAAGAGAAAGCAAUCCAUAGAGGCAUCCUCAUCAUCUUACACUGUUGGACAAAGCUCUGAAACCUUUUGAAUCACUCUUAACUGUUUUUCUUUAUUAUGAUUGUCUGUGUGUUUUGUGUUGGUUUGGUUUUGAUUUGGUUUGGUGUGAUGAGUGACUCAUCAUGAGUCUUUGACAUGUUGUCUUCAGUUUACUUUCACAUGCUUUGUCUCACAAACAGAAUAGGGUUCGAGUAAAUAGUUUCUUUAAAAAUCGUCUCUAAUCA